CACUCCUGCUGUUGAUUAUAUUCAAAUACCCCAUUUAAAAACGACAGGACAUUCCGUCUCCUUUUAGUAAAUCGGAAGGAAUGGUAUAUACUAACUUCUAGCUCCAAAAUAGUUUAUAUGAACCAAGACUUCCAAGACCGCUUCAAUCUCGAGCUUUAGGCUAUUAUAGCAAAACUCACCACCGCGUCACGAGGGUAUCAGUAGUCUUUGCCCAAUCAGUGAGAGCGACCCCGCACACCCUGGUUUGAUCGUAACAUAACGAACAACUACUACUCAUUGGUAUGGCAUCAUGUGUUAGGUAGUCUUUAUUUAGAUUUCACAGUCAUACUUACGGAAGAGUUUCAAGAGGGUUGAAUUUGGAGUUUCUCACCAUAGGACGACUCGACGAAUAUCGCAAACCGUUCUGCAGGAUUAAGGAGCUAGGGACUAGCAGAUAUUCAGGAUACCCGUACAUAUAUAGUACAGGAGGAAAAAAGAGGAUAUGGCCGCCGCUGUCGCGACAAUACACGCGCCUCUCGCGUUCCAGGGGCCCACAGAGGAACGCACACAGACGACGCAAAUACCAAGGCGUCGCGAUGUAUUAACUAACAUCAACUAUUACAAAGACCCGGGCGACGGUUCGCUACCAACGCCUAUCGUGAUCGCCGACAACACGGUAAAAAACGAGCGCCCGCACAUCCCCCAGCAGACCAUCGUCCACGACGUGACAGGCGAAGAGGACAAGUACACCCUCGACAGCCACGGAUUCCAAUUCCUCCGGCACGAGAGCAAGACCAGGUCCCUACAAGACUUCCAAGACGAAGAGCACGUCAAGGGCAAAUACUACCCGGAGUCGAUACAGCUGCUGAAACAAGUAACCGGCGCAUCCCGCAUCUUCCUCUUUGACCACAAGACGCGCUGCGGACCAUCGAACUGGCACAAGUUAGGCAAGGGGAAUCGAUCUUCGCGCGGGCCCUUGUUCAGAGCACACGUGGACCAGUCGUACGCCGGCGCGGAAUUAGUCCUACGGCGCUGGUUCCCAGACGAGACGGACGAGCUAGUUAAACAGCGGUAUCAGAUUAUAAACAUAUGGCGCCCCAUCCGCCCCGUCCUCAAAGACCCCCUAGGCGUAGCCGACGGGUCCUCGAUCCCCGACGCCGACUUAGUCGCCGCAUCGAUAAUCUACCCCGCGGACCGGGACGAAACCUGGACGAUCCUGCCGCGCGCCACGCACCGGUGGUACUACAAGCACGCGCAGCAGCCCGACGAGGUGCUCCUUAUAAAAUGCUUCGACUCGGAGACGGGGGUGCCGGCGCGACGCGCGCCGCAUAGCGCGUUCGAGGAUGCGGAGUACAAGGAUGGGGAGGCGCGGGAGAGUAUUGAGGCUAGGGCGUUGGUUUUUUAUGAUUAAUUAUGGUGAUUAGUUUGAUUAUACGUAUGGUUGAGACUGUAGCUAUUACAUCGAAAUACUAGAGGGAAGUCCUGUAUAACAAGAGACAACAUAUAUAUACCUAGGUAGGUAGGUAUGUAUUCGAGCAAC